AUGGAGCAACAGAGUAUCCCAGCCACCCAGGAUCGCGCUUCUGAGAAACAAGGCCAAGGCGUCCAGCCCAGCGCCUCAGGUGCCGAGUCUGCAGCAGCAAGGCCAGGCGUCAGUGGCUUCGCGGCGGGCGCAGGCGCGGCGCGCGCUGACGAGGCCCAGCCGCCCUCCUCGGACCCAGCAGGAUCCGCGCCCUCGGCGCCCGGCGACGUCCACCGCGCGUCUCUCCUCGCGCCCGAGCGCGCAGCGGGCGGCUCCGCCGAGGAGGUCGCCGCCGCCAACCCCGGCCUCGCCAAGGCGCUGCCGGCCGCGACGGGCGGCGCCGCCGUGGGCCGUGGGGAGGAGGCCGGCGGUGGCGGGAUUGCCAGGGAGCGCGGGGACCAAGGCGUGCCGUUGGUGCUGUCUGAUGGCAGCGGGAUGGAGGUGCCAGAGCUUGCGGUGCAGGCGGGGUGGGGCGAGGGCGUGUGA